AUGGCUCCCGACAACAGCAAAAGAGCAGUCGCCGAGUGCGUCUCCGAUGACGCGCUUAUCCACCUCAAAUCGUACAAGUACUCGGCCGUCGACAAGUCGCCGAUAUCCCACUACAUCCUACGACCAUACUGGAACGCCUUUGUCGAGCUAUUGCCGCUAUGGCUAGCCCCGAAUAUGGUGACCCUACUCGGCCUCCUCGAGACGGCUGCCAUGGGCCUAGGCACCUCCAAGUCAGGCGUCUUCACUGCGCUCUGCCCAUGCCUCCCCAUGUUCUUCUCCACCUGGGAAACCUACCACACCCACACGCUCUACCUCGGCGUCAUCAACGGGCCGACCGAGGGCCUCCUGCUCGCGUGCACGUUCAUGAUUCUCUCAGGCUACUACGGUCCGGCCAUCUGGACCGAGCCCCUCACCAAACUCCUCGGCCCGCGCAUUUCGAUGCUCGGCGCCCUGGGUGUCUCCGACGAGGUGCUCGACCACCUCUCGAUCCGUGACCUGUGGGUGACCGUCAUCGUGCUCUCGCUGCUCUUCACGCACAUCCCCUUCUGCAUCAACAACGUCGUCAAGGCCCGGCGCGCAAAGGGCCUGCCCGUGGCCCCCGUGUUCCUCGAGUGGACCCCCAUGGUCGUCUACACCCUCUCCAUCGGCGCGUGGCUCUACUCGCCCUAUUCCACCAUCUGCUCGGAGAACCACCUCGUCAUGUUCUGCAUCAUAAUGAGCUUCGUCUUCGGCCGCAUGACUACCAAGAUGAUCCUCGCCCACCUCACUCGCCAGCCGUUUCCCUACUGGACCGUCAUGCUGUGGCCGCUCGUCGGCGGCGCCGUACUCGGGAAUCUGCCCCGGUUCGGCCUCCCUGCCGUCAAAAGCGAGGUCGAGUACCUGUACCUGGUCGGGUACCGAUCUUCUCGGCCGUCGUGUACUUCCGGUGGGCGUGGCUGGACACGACCAGCAUCUGCAAGUUCCUGGGGAUCAACUGCCUGA